AUGGCAGGCAUGGCAGGCGCCCCGGGGCCCACUCCACCCACGGAGGGUGGCGGGGAGGCGCGGCCAGCCUGGGACAACAAGCUCCAGUACCUGCUGAGCUGCGUGGGCUUCGCCGUGGGCCUGGGCAACCUCUGGCGGUUCCCGUAUCUGUGCCAGAUGUACGGGGGAGGCGCCUUCCUCAUCCCCUAUGUCAUCGCCCUGGCCUUCGAGGGCAUCCCGCUGUUCCACAUCGAGCUCGCCAUCGGCCAGCGCCUGCGCAGGGGCAGCAUCAGGGUGUGGACGGCCAUUUCGCCCUCCCUGGGCGGCGUGGGGCUGGGCUGCUUCACCGUGUCCUUCCUGGCCAGCCUGUAUUACAACAUGGUCCUGACCUGGGUGCUCUGGUACCUCCUCAACUCCUUCCAGCACCCGCUGCCCUGGAGCGCCUGCCCGCCCGACCUCAACCGCACAGGGCUCGUGCAGGAGUGCCAGGGCAGCAGCCCCGUGAGCUACUUCUGGUACCGGCGGACCCUGAACGUCUCGGCCGACAUCAGCGACAGCGGCCCGGUCCAGUGGCGGCUGCUGCUCUGCCUGGCGGCCUCCUGGGCCGUCGUGUACCUGUGCGUCAUCAGGGGCAUCGAGACCACCGGCAAGCUGUCUUGGGGCCUGAGUGGGCACACGGCUCGUGGGAGUGUCCUGGGGACGCUGGGCAUUGUCUGGACCAGGAGGUACCAGGCCUGGGGGCCUGUCUGCGGACCAUGGGUCCCCAUCCCCCUCCAGAUGCGGGUCCUGCAGAACCCCCGGGUGUGGCUGGACGCGGCCACCCAGAUAUUCUUCUCCCUGUCCCUGGCCUUUGGAGGACAUAUCGCUUUCGCCAGCUACAACCAACCCAGAAACAACUGCAGGAGGGACGCGGUGAGCGUGGCGCUGGUGAACAGCAUGACGUCCCUCUACGCUUCCAUCGCCGUCUUCUCUGUCUUGGGGUUCAAGGCGGCCAGCGACCAUGGGCAGUGCCUGGACCGAAACAUCCUCCGCCUCAUCAACGCCUUCGACCUGCCCGAGCAGAGCAUCUCCAGGGACGACUACGCGGCGGCCCUGGCGCGUCUGAACGUCUCGCAGCCGGCGCGGGUGGCCGGGCUCCCCCUGGAGGCCUGCCGCCUGGAGGACUUCCUGGACAAGGGAGGGCGGGCGGGGCACUGCGUCUGCACGGCCCCCGAGGGUCCCCGCAGUUCAGGCCGACCCCGAGGGCCAGGGAGGGCGGGCGGGGCACUGCGUCUGCACGGCCCCCGAGGGUGUCCUCUAGCGGGGGUGCCGGACACACGGGGGCCACUGGAAACGCCUGACGGGUCGUGUGCAGGCCUGGUCUGCCUGCUCUGCUUCCUCACGUCCUCCUGCUUCACGCUGCGGUCGGGGAGCUACUGGCUGGAGAUCUUCGACCAGUACGCCGUGGCCCUGAACCUGAUCCUCCUGGCGUUCUUUGAGGUGGUUGGGGUCGUUUACGUUUAUGGGAUGAAGCGGCUCUGUGAUGACAUAGCCUGGAUGACCGGGAGGCGGCCUGGCUUCUACUGGCGGGUGACCUGGAAGGUGGUGAGCCCCCUGCUGCUGCUGACCAUCUUCGUGGCCUACGUUGCCCUCCUGGCCAGCUCGCUGCCGGGCUACAAGGCCUGGAACCCCCAAUACGAGCAGUUCCCCUCGCGGCAGGGGAAGCCCUACCCCAGCUGGGUGCUGGCCGCCUGUGCGCUCCUGUCCUUCCUGCCCACCCUGUGGGUCCCGGUGGUGGCGCUGGGCCAGCUGCUCGCCCGGUGCAGAGAGAAGACGCGGAACCCGCCGCAGGACGGAGGCCCGAAGCCGCGGGGCAGCAGGGCCUGCUGA